UUCUUAAAUUUGGAGGAAUUAAUUAUUACAUGCUAAUACCAAAUUUUCGAUUAUUAAGUUGUUUCAAAUAAAUAAAUAAAAUUAAUACUUAGUUAUGUUCCAUUAUAAAAUUGUUUCAUAUAUUCCAAUCCCUUUAUUUUCUCAACCAAAUCUUACAAUCUAUUCAAACACAUUAUCUUUUCAUUCUAUUUUCCAAACUUAUUUCAGUUUAACGCCAUUUUUCAAAACUCCCUCCAAUAGAAGUCCCACUACUCCACUUCAUCUCCUCUUAACCACAAAACUAGGAGAUAUUUAGAACAGAACUCACAUAUCGAUGAACCAUCCGCCGCUCUGCUCCAUCAGCCGCGUGCAAGAAGUUCUUCCGCUCCUCUUCAAUUCAACUUCUCUUGAUCCACCACCACUCUUCGAUGGAACCACUAGGUUAUACGUGUUUUACGAGUGCCCCUUUUGCCAGCGUGUGUGGAUUGUCAGGAACUACAAGGUUGAAGCUUGGAAAUGGAUUGCAAUACGACAAGUCGAUGAAGAUGAAGAGCUUGGUUUAUCUUCAAGACACAUAAUAGAUUUUUGGCACCUUAGUUAUUUAAAUGUUUUGGAAUGUUUGCAAUUGACAUAUUAUUUUGAUUUUAUGUAAUAUUAUUUGAUAAAAUUUCUAUGUUAUAAUUGUGUUAGAUGCA